AUGGCUGUUUCACCUGAAUCCAUGCCAGAAAAUCCCAUUGAUUUUCGUGCCCCGCCACCCUCUCCUAUAGCCUCUGGCCGAAGAUCAUCCGUGGCCAAUGAUGAAGUCCUAACUGAAUUUCUUGAGCACUCACUACGUGUUCAGGAUUUGAUUUUACCUGAUAAGAUCUUUCCAAGAGAGAAAAUUGUCGAAACACCCCCAAGAAUUGAUUGCCAAUCACUGAAUUCUGGGGAAAGUGAUUCAGUUCUCAACAUGUUGGAUUCAAUAACAAGAAUUGGGUGCUUUCAACUAGUUAACUUUGGAAUUCCAAGUGAAUUUAUAAGGUUGGUGUCGGUCAUGGCAGCCGGAAUCUUUCAGCUGCCUCCCGAAAAGAAGGCGGCGGCGACGAGGUCACUGGAGAAGCCUUAUGGAUUCGAGGAAGUUCAUGGCGAUCAUCAGGAGGUCGAGAAUGAAUUAAGUGAAGAGUUUGUGUGGUGUAAAGAUGAGAGUUUGAAGCUGGAUAUGGAGGGAAUAUGGCCAACUGAAUAUUCAAAUUUCAGCAAGAAAAUGGAGACCUUUUCGUCAGAUAUAGGGAAAGUGGCUGCGAAAAUUCUCCAAGUUCUCCACGAAAAUUGUGCUAGGAAAUCGAUGUAUGGACAUGAUAUGAUGCAGAGGCAAGAUCUCAUUGGCUCAGUCUGUUGCCUUUACAAGCACAGACGUAACAUUCCGGCUGAUCGACGGGCUAGCUCCUCAGAAUAUGAUGUGAUCAGAAUGCUAAUAAGGGGAACUGAUUACUCUCAUGCCUUGUGCUUGAAUAUAUGUAAUGGAUCAUCAGAAUUUCAUGUGUACUCCAAGAAAGGCUGGGUGUCUUUCUGCCCAGAUAAAGAUGCACUGAUUGUCACAGUUGGAGAUCAAACACAGGCUUGGAGUGGUGGCCAGUACAGGCAUGUUUUAGGAAGGCCAAUCUUUAAAGGUGAGGAUGAGGACAGUAUUGCGAUGGCUUUUCUGUAUUCUCCUCCAAGCACCACUAGUAGCAGCUCCAUAACCAGAAAGGGGAAGACUGUUUCCCUCGGCCAACAAGCUAUAUUGGCUAUAAUUUUGACUCUUGUAUGCCAUUUCUUAGUUUAUUUUUACAAGGAAUUUUGA